AUGACCAGUGAUGAGACUGGUAACCAGCUUGCUGGAUUGGACAAUGCAUCAGACGAAAACUCUGCCUACGCAACUCUACCAUCUAACCCAUUAGAGAGCACAAAUAAAGCCAACAAAGUGAAACGAUCUCCCUUUCAUAAUCUGCAAGGGGAUCAAAAUUGGUUAUCUUUGGUAUCCGCGGCUACUUUAAAUAUUUUUAAAGACAAGGACGAUUGGAGAGAGGUCAGCAAUACUACGUUGUUAUCUCCCGAAGAAUCAAUAAGCAAUUACUCCUCGUGGAAGGAUAUGAAGAUAUCUAACCCGGAUGAAGAACAAAAUUGCGAGAAAAUAAAAGAGCGUUCCAAAGAGCCUCCUAUUAAAAUUGAAGCCAGCGACACGGCUGCCGUUGAUAAGAAUCACGCGGAUAUAUCGACUGAUUCACACGUCAAAACCGAACUUGUUGGAUCUGAAGAAACGAUCACUUCUUCGGCAUCUCCAAAACAACUAGUAUCCACGCCCGCAUCGACAUCAUCGAUACCAGCAAAAAGACAAACCUCAUCACCGGCUGCAGGGAAAUCUUCCAAUGAAAAAAAGCAAAAGGUGAAAAAGAAUCCGACAGAGAAGAAAAAGGGCAAUAACAGAAACAAAGGCCCAAUUGACUUGGACAGACAAUGCGGUGUUUUAAUGCAACCAAAUAACACACCUUGCACGAGAUCUCUUACUUGUAAGAGCCAUUCAAUGUCAUUGAAGCGUGGCGUUGCAGGUCGCUCAAGGAUGUUUGACGACUUGCUUCAGGCAUAUCAAAAGAAAUCUAUUGGGCGUCCGUUAACCGGCAACCAAGCUAAUUCGAAAUCGGAUAAUAAAAAAGAUGGUAAACCGGACGCGGAAGUGGUGGAGGAAAUUGUGAAUUCGGAAGAAGAAGUCGACGCGGUAAUAGAGGCGAUCAUGUCGAAAGAUACACCGCCACAUGAACAUAUUUUCACAAAAAUAAGCAAUAUAGAUGUCGAUGAAUUAUCAAACGACGACCCACUAUGUAUUGGAGUAAUCGAUCUUAGUUCAGACAAAUAUAAUAAUAAUAUUCCGGAGAGUGAUUACGAAUCUCUUGUUGGUGAGAAGGCUAAUAUAAGAAAUUUGAGCAAAGAUGUCGUGGUAAAGAAUAUAUGUAACGAUUUUAUAUCAAAGAGGAACGACGUUCAGAAAUUGCGGAAAUUUGUAUUGCCUUCGAGGGACGUAGUGACGCACGAUCAAUGGGUUGAGGACGAUCACAUUAAGGAACGCAUAGCACGCGGAAUUACCGAUGUUCUUUUGCAAGAAAUUAAGUUGAAUGCCCUCCGAAGAGUUUCCAGAGGUUCAGAAAACACACUAGUGGAAAUUAUCGUUCGUUUGAUAGAUAUGGCUAUGCAUCACUUACCUGUGGAUUAUGAGGUCGAAGUUACUAGGGCCGAACGUCAAAGUACAGCUAGUAAAAAUCGCAAAGCUCAGCAAAAAAGUGGAUCAAGAGGGGAUAAACCCGAUCUCAUGUUCCGUGCUCACCUUCGUCAAAAAUGGGAAGAAAUUGUGUUCUUCGAAAGUGGAAAGUGGGAUGCCAAUGAAGAUAAGAUUUGCCACGACCAUAAUAAAUUAGUGCAACUCUGUUUGGACGGAUCUAAAGAGCUUGUGAAAAAAUGUUCAAAAGAAACCUUUUACCAAAGUUAUAUAGGGUUUAGUGUUAAUAUUGCAGCGAAAAUACCUUUGGGUAAAGAAUCGGUUGAGGAAGUAGAAGAGUUUGUUCAUGCCCUAUUGACUUUGCGACAGUCGAAUGACGAUACAUCUUCCAGAGAAGGAUGUGAAGGCAGUCGCAACCGCAACCACCAAAAGAGUGGAAGUUAUCAAGCAAACAAAUUCCAGAAAGUAUAUGUACUCCCGAAAUUUGCCCUCAAGAUACACAAGUUACGACGACCCUCGCCACUCUCUUUUAAUCGAUACAUCUUCCAGAGUACGCGACUCCAUAAGUCUUGGACAGGUUAUGCCAGUCGGUUGACAUAG